UUCCAAUUUUCCGGGUGUUCUCCGAGGGCAGUUAAAUGCCGCUGAAACGCCGACUACCCCGAUCGGUGUCGGCGCCGGUGUUCGAAAAAACGUCACGCCGGAAUGUGAUCGAUAUACUGACGAUCAAGCUUCGUGACUUUUUGCCGUUUAGCAGAGAACGCCGUCGCAGAUCCAACGAAAAUCAGUCAAAUGGAAACGGGUCGACUCCACCAACGUCAGCUAACAAUAUGAAUAUGAUCUCCCCGAAUCAGGUUCCACCGUCGCCAAGACUUAGCCCAAAUGAAUGGCAAUUCGCAUUUGACCAUGUGAUCUACGACGUUGAUGGCCGCGCUCAAUUCACUAAAUUUUUGCAGUCCGAAUACUCAGAGGAGAAUAUUUUGUUCUGGUGGGCAGUUGAGGAACUAAAAGCAGUUGGAGUAUCCGAAGGUCGCACUAAAUUCGAAUCAACUGUUCAGGAGAUGUAUGACACAUUUAUCGCUGCAGAAUCACCAUUGGCUAUCAAUAUUGAUCAUGACACGAGAACUGAUAUUAUCGCAUUAGUCGAGGGAAAAGAGCCAUCAACGUUCCCGGAGAACAUUUACGAGCGGGCACAAGCACAUGUCUACCGGCUCAUGGAAAAAGACUGUUUCUCCCGCUUCGUGCACACAAACGCCUACAAGGACGUGGCAAAGAAGCUGUCACUUCCACAGACAUUUCGGUUCAACUGUAUCCGACUGCAACCGGGCGGCCCGACAGCACAGGCGGCCGCAACCAACUGAUGACGUGGCAAGCGGCACCGGCGGCGGCGGCUCGUUUCUCUCGUCGUCUCAGCCCUCCUCACCGCGCACACUCUCUCCAUCUCGUCAUCGCUCAUUUUAUUCCAGAUUUCUGCGAAAAUCGCUCUCUUCCAAAUCACCGCAUCGAUCUCCGUCCCCGUCCCCGAAUUCGAGCGAAUCGUCGAAACCCGGCUGCUCAAACGCGCUCCAUUGAGAAUUUCACGCUGAAAUCACUGAAAAUUCAAUUUUUCUGGCAAAUUUCAGUGAAAACUUAGGUUAAAAAGUUGAAUUUUCACAUAAAAUCAUUGAAAAUCGACGUUUUUCACAGAAAAUUGGUGUUUUUUUUUUCAAAUUUCUCAAUAGAGCGCGCUUGCCCGGUCCCAAAGUUUCUACGAAUCGCCCAUCUCACGUGGUGUCAGAGUGUCUCAUUUCGGUUUGAUCUACGUAGAUCACUACAAAAAAUGCGGGAGAAGAGACGCAGAGUUCUCAACUGGGCAAAAAAUUCCCGCAUUUUUUGUAGAUCAAACCGUUAUGGGACAGCCUGGCACUAUUUCCCUUUAAAAAACAAGACUGUUUUAAACCCUGAAAGACGGGUUAGCCACACCCUGAUUUUCCACGUUUCCCCACUUUUUAAGCCCUAAAAAUCGAUAUUUCCGAUAUUUCCCCUAAUUUUAUUUUGAAAAAACAAACAAACGUAGUAAAUCUAGUGAUGCCACGUGGACCCAAUCGCCCAUUAUUCCCCUAUAUUGAAUUAAUUUGACCAAAAAUUCCAAAAAAUGAAAAAUUUGAUUUA